AUGUCCGUUCCCCCAUCCACCGCGCAACCCGCCACCGGAGGGGACGCACCGGCCCGCAUGCCCUCCGUCUCGCGGUCUGGCCGUCGGUCGUCCCAGUCCGCGUCUGGCGGUAUCGUUCGCCGUCCCUCGCGUGCAGCCCACCCUCCAGUGGCUCCCCUCAAACCUCUUACCCAUCAGGAAGCACUGGAAGCGUUGCGGGCGUUCCUCAAGGAGCGUUCGUCAUACGACGUCUUCCCAGUCAGCUUCCGACUCAUUGUCCUCGACAGUCACCUCAAGGUGAAGAAGGCUCUGGACGUGAUGCUUCUCUACGGUGUGGUAUCUGCUCCUCUGUGGAACACGGCCCAAGCGACCUUUGCAGGCAUGUUCACUGUGCAAGACGUCAUCCACCUCAUUCAAUACUACUACCACACGUCCAGUUGGGAAGGCGCGGCCGCCGAUGUGGAGCAGUUCCGUCUACAGAGCUUGAGAGACAUUGAGCGCGAGCUGCACGUCCCUCCACCCCCUCUACUCUCCAUCCACCCUCUCCGGCCCCUCUUUGACGCCUGCAAAUGCCUGAUCCAGACCCACGCCCGACGUCUCCCCUUGAUUGACAAGGACACCCAGACCGAUAGCGAGGUUGUGAUCAGUGUCUUGACCCAGUACCGAGUGCUAAAGUUCAUUGCCAUGAACUGUCGUGACAUUACCCAAUACCUGACCAAGGGUGUCCAAGAGCUCGGUGUCGGCACGUACGUCAAGUCUCCCACGGCUGAGCAACCUUUUGGCCCUAUUGCAACCGCCACUCUGCAGACGACCGUCUUCGACGUCGUCCACAUGUUCUCAGAGCUCGGAAUCAGUGCGGUUCCGAUCGUCGACAAUGAGGGCAAGGUGGUCAACCUGUACGAGACCGUGGACGUCAUUACCCUUGUCAGACUUGGCGCGUACCAGUCUCUCGACUUUACCAUUGCUCAGGCGCUCAAGCAGCGUUCGGUUGACUUCCCGGGUGUAGUGACCUGUCAUCCCAAGGACUCUCUUGGCGCCAUCUUCUCCCUCAUCAAGAUCCGUCGUGUGCACCGUCUGGUUGUCGUGGCGGGCGCCGACGACCCGCAGCCAGGCCGUCUUGUUGGUGUGAUCAGCCUCAGCGAUAUUAUGCGGCAUCUCAUUAAUGAAGGCGUGAAGCUGCCGCCCGAUGAUGUCGCCGAGGAGUCUGCCAUUGAGGAAUAA